CGGAGAGAAGGCCUCACUUGUGUCACCAUCACAGCGACCAGUUUCAGGAGGUGGCGGCUGGUUUCAGUGAAAAGGGCGAGAGGGACAGGGAGAGGAAACGGACAAGGAACAGGCUCACCCAUCUCUAGCUUAAAAUGAGGUGUCGUGUGUUCAUUGGUCACUUAAGCCCUUAUGCCCGAGAAAAGGACGUUGAGAGGUUUUUCAAGGGAUAUGGUCGCAUUCGAGAAAUCAACUUAAAAAAUGGCUUUGGUUUUGUGGAAUUUGAGGAUUACCGAGAUGCUGAUGAUGCAGUCUAUGAGUUGAAUGGAAAAGAACUUUGCAAUGAAAGGGUUACAAUUGAAUAUGCUCGAUCACGAUCAAGAGGAGGUUGGCACAGAAGCAGCAGAUUCCCACCACGCUUCAGUUAUCGCAGAUCAAUUGGUGGAGGAGAAGAAAGAGGUGGCCGUCCAGUUCACACUGAAUACAGAAUUAUUGUGGAAAAUCUGUCCUCCAGGGUUAGUUGGCAGGAUUUGAAGGACUUAAUGAAGCAGGCUGGAGAAGUUACAUUUGUAGAUGCACACAGAAACAAAAAUGAAGGGGUGGUUGAGUUUGCCACAUCUAGUGACAUGAGAAAUGCUCUCAACAAGCUGGAAGGUAAAGAGAUAAAUGGUCGAAAAAUAAGAUUAAUUGAAGAUCGGAAACGCAGGACCAGAAGCAGAUCUCACAAUAGAAGUUCCUCAAGAUCUCGCAGUCGGUCACCAUCAUCUAAGCAGUCAAAAUCAGAAAGUAGGUCCAGAAGCAGGAGUCGUGGCAAAUCCCAUUCUGCAAGCAGAUCACCUGUUAGAAAAGAUCAACCAGUGAUGAAUAACCAGGCCCAUUCAAGAUCUAAAUAUUCUGGAUUGACAAACCAGUCAAGGUCCAGAUCACGUUCUGUUGAAAGUGCUGAUUAGACAAAGAUUGUAAAAAGCUGUUUUCUUCAGAAAAUGAUAUUAGCUAUCUUUUGCUUGAGAUUGUUUGUGGAUGCUUCUUUGUUCAUGUAAGUUUUUGUUGAACUGUAAAAGACAAUUAUUUCUUUAAUACAUAAAAGUCACUAAUGGAAAAUAAUUUGCUUACAUUAGAACUGGUUUAAAGUUCUAUGCUGCUUUGGUAUUGAAUAUAUAACGGAUAGAUUGAGUAAAUUGAUAUCAGAUUGUUUCUGAAAAGCUGUGGCAUAACUUAGACUGUCUCUUUCAUAUUCUGUUAAUUAUAACUGAUACAUUAUACUUUUUAAACCAAUAAAUGUUAUCACAACAUUUGAUUUUCUUGGACAAUUUAUUGGUAUCUCUUCAAUGAAAAGCUUUGAAUUAACUGUUUUUGCUGCUUAUGUGCAAUUGCAUGGUGACAUUGAGUUUGUUUUAAAAGAAUUUUAUUAGAAUUUGAUUUGAUUGUAUUUUCUCUUUCUAUUUGUUAGCCUUAACUCAGUAUUACAGAUAGUGUCUCAAAACCAGUAACCUUUUGGCCUUUGAAGUUUGGGGUGCGUGGCUGGGUCACACUGAUUCAUGUGACAUUAAGGAUUGCACAUAGUAUUGGAGCAGGUCAACAUGCAAGUGGCAAAAUAGAAAACUAGUCCAGCACCAUACAGUGCCUGGCUCAAUUGUCCAUGAAAGGUGUUUCAAUGUUUUUCUCAACUAAAAUUGUUGUGUGGCACAUUUUACAAAUGCCUGAUUUUCAAAGAAUUCCAGUCUUUUGACAGUUUAGUUUGAAAUAUUGUACCCUAUAGUACUUUUGGCCGAGUGUCAGAAGUUGUGGAUUCAGUCUCCACACCACAGACGAGAACAUGGAAUCCAAACUGUCACUUCAGAGCUGCAAUGAAGAAACAUUGCACUAUUGGAUGUACCCUUAUUAGUCAUCAAAUCUAUCAUUUCAGAUAGAGUAAACAAGGCCAAAGUGCUUUUUAAAGAAAAGCUGAGAUGUCCAGACUUGCGCUGAUCUCUCAAGCAACAUCUUAGAGAAAGGGUCUGGUCAUUUAUUUCAUUACUGAUUUGUGGGAUCUUGCUGUGUGCAAACUGCUGAUUUAUUUCCUUCAUUACAACAGUGACUCCACCUGAAUGUAAUCAACAUUAAAACUCUGGAAAUAGCUUCUAUGCAAUCUGAUUCUUAUUUUCAAGUCAGUUACUGCCAUGAGUACUUUUCAAACUUUCUCUAUUUUGCCAGUGAGCACUGUACUACUUUUGGAGAAGGAAAAAGAGCUGUUCUAAUGAUUAUGCCAGUUUUCUGCAUUAGAUUAAUUAAGCAGUGAUUUUCUGCAAAUAUAAUAUUGCUGAAAAGAGAAUUUUGUUUUUAUAGACUAAUUAUUCACUGGUGGAAACU